AUGCGCACACGAUACAUCAACCCAACUUCGGCUGAGGGCAUAGCCGUAGUCGGAGUAUGCAGUGUCAAUCGAGGCAACGGCCGCGUGGAAGCUCGGUCAUCACAAGGCACAGACAGGCAAGCCGCCUCGCCCAGCCAUCGCAACGCAUACGCGCAAGCCAACCAUCGUGUCCAAACCACCCUCAUGACCCCGCACAUUUUUUUACCGAGUCCCUGUCCGUCCCCGCCGCAGUGGCGUGCAAGGCGGUACCAUGCAAAGCAACACAAAGACAUUCUCGGUCAUAACACACCCACACUCGCCUACAGCCGCAUCGGCCCCAGUCUCAAUCGAACACAGCCGCAGUCGGAGCCGCAGUCGGAGCCGCAGUCGGAGAAAGCGCAGCCUCGGCAAAGCAUCGUCUAA